GAGCUGAACAGUCACCACCCUCCUGUGUCUGUGCAGGGAGCCGGCUCUGUCCCCGGGACUACCCUCCACGCCGCCACCGCUGCCUCCUGCGCUCAUCUUUUAUUUGUACUUUUUUUUUUUUUUUUUUUUUACCUUUUUGAUUAUUUUAUUUUUCCUUUGAUUUUUUUUUCCCUUUUGGCCGCGGAAGGAAGAGCCGGAGAAUUACAACUUGUGCUGCAUGUGUUAUGCCGCAUCUCCCCAAACUCUCCCGGAGAAUGUUAUGUUGUGGAUAUGUCCUCUUGCUGUGUGGGCUGCACCAGGCUAUGGCAACUUACCCAAUCUGGUGGUCGUUAGCAAUUGGCCAGCAAUACUCGUCCUUGGGGACGCAACCCAUUCCGUGCGGCACCAUCCCAGGACUUGUGGCAAAGCAGAUGCGGUUCUGCCGGAAUUACAUGGAGAUCAUGCCCAGUGUGGCGGAGGGAGUCAAAAUAGGCAUCCAAGAGUGCCAGCACCAAUUCCGGGGGCGGAGGUGGAACUGCACGACCGUUAAUGACAAUCUGGCAAUUUUUGGACCCGUAUUAGAUAAAGCGACCAGAGAGUCGGCAUUUGUUCACGCCAUCGCCUCGGCUGGAGUGGCCUUUGCUGUAACCAGAGCCUGCGCUGAGGGGACUGCAACCAUCUGCGGAUGUGACAACCAUCACAAGGGACCCCCGGGGGAAGGCUGGAAGUGGGGCGGGUGCAGCGAGGAUAUGGACUUCGGGAGCAUGGUGUCUCGAGAGUUCGCCGACGCACGGGAGAACAGGCCAGAUGCUCGAUCGGCAAUGAACAGGCAUAACAACGAGGCGGGGAGAACGUCGAUCACGGACCACAGACACCUCAAAUGCAAGUGUCACGGACUGUCCGGAAGCUGUGAGGUGAAGACCUGUUGGUGGUCACAACCAGAUUUCAGGAUGAUCGGUGAUUAUUUGAAGGACAAAUAUGACAGUGCCUCGGAAAUGGUUGUGGAGAAGCACCGGGAAUCCCGCGGUUGGGUUGAGACCCUUCGGCCAAAAUAUACUUUCUUUAAGCCACCUACAGAGCGGGACCUAAUUUACUACGAAAGCUCACCCAACUUCUGUGAGCCCAACCCAGAGACUGGGUCUUUCGGGACCCGAGAUAGGAUAUGCAACGUGACCUCUCAUGGCAUCGAUGGGUGUGAUCUUCUAUGCUGUGGACGGGGACAUAACACGAGGACUGAAAAGAGGAAAGAAAAAUGUCAUUGCAUUUUCCACUGGUGUUGCUACGUAAGCUGUCAGGAAUGCUUGCGGGUGUACGAUGUCCACACCUGUAAAUAAGCCACCACUAGCAUACAAGACUCUUCCAAACCAUGAACUGAAGUCUGUUUUAUUCAGGCUUGACUCCGUGAGUCCUUUCAACAUUACAAAGACUCGUUACUGAUUGACUGAUAUAAGUCUAACAGCUUCUUGGAGACCCCAAGAUGGAUCUGGAGAGUAGCCUCCUCCUUCAAUGGAAAUUCCUUGAGUUGGCCGUCUGCUGCAACGUGUUGAUUGCAAGGAAACUUCAUAGUCAUGCACUUGACUGUAGACCUAUCAGGUCCAGCAGCCAAGCUUCCAAGUUACAGUUUGCUGGAGGAGAUUCACUUCUCACCAAUAAACAAAUGAUUCAAAUAUCUCACAUUCCAAGUCAAAGCUUUCCAAUGGAAGCAAGUCUCUGCUGCCUAUUUUGUACCAUGACGAGUUAAGAGAAAUUAAAUUUAAAUUCUGCAAGGAGAGAACUGCCAAGCCAUCAUAAUAACCUAAAUAUAUGUAUGUGUAUAUGUAAACAUCCCGUGAGUCCUGGUUUCCUUGAGACGGACCUAAUUUCCUUCACGGCACAAGGGUCUGUGGGGUUAGGGCAUAGCCAAAGGGUGCAGUCGUUAUUGGGCCACGAGGUGAUUGGGCCCGUCAGCCUUGCAAACACUGUUAUGGUGGUUGGUUAUUAUUACUAGUUGGUGCAGGCAUCAAUAGUGGGUGCUGGCAGUUCUGCUAUGGUCACUAGUAUUGCAGAGCAUGUGCAGUGGUCAGCACAUACGUGCUAGAGCUCCCAAGACAUUUUCUAUGGGGUACGGAGAUGCUCCUGAUCCAUCUUGGUGACAGUUACAUGAAGGGUGGAAGUUGGGUGGGCCGAGGCAUGGUCUGUGGUCUUUGGGGAUCAGGUACAUGAGGUUUGCAGAGGUGAAUCUUGGUGUCUAUGGGUUCCAACCCUACUUGACUUGAUUAACCAAAACAUUCAUGUAAUAGCAAUAUCUGGCAUAUGACAAAUUGUUGCAGAGGGUUUACAUUAGGUUGUAAACUGCACUUAACAAAUGUACUCCAUUUUUUAUAAUAGUCUCAUCAUGACACUGAGAUAAGAGGGGCCAUUAUAAUGAAUCAAUGUGUCUAGGCUACUGAAUAUCCCAUCAAUUUAUUGUGUGCCCAAACUAUUCACCUCUGUGUUCUUGUGUUUGUAUUAGACUGCACAUUCGACUGUCCUCUGACAGUAUCCUACAGGCCAACGUACUGUCGCUCUCUGGGUAGGUUACUACUAUAAACCUUAUAAUACAAUUCCAAAAUCCUACCAUUACAUCCCGUACUUGCAAGUCAUGAGCCUUAUGGUUUCAAAAUGAUCCCAGUCCUCUUGCUCUAUGAUUUGACCCAUAUUUAUCUCUUGAGACAAAUAAGUUCAGCAAAGUAUUGAUGAGAGGUACGUGGCUGACACGGCCGGAACUAAAGGGAAUGGAACGAUUCAGAAAAGCUGGAAAAUUGGUCGGGAAAGCACUAAUCAAAAGUCUCUUCUUCCCUUGAAAUGCUGCUAUCUUCCUUACAACUAUACAAAAUAUCAUUGUUUUCUUUCUAUGAAAGAAAUUGUUUAGAUGCUAGUUUUUUAAGAAAAAAAAAAGAUGUGAAGUUUUUAUACUAAUUCAUCUUCUGAUAUAUAUAUAAUUAUAUAUGUAUUAUUUUUCUUCCGCAGUCUAUAGACAGGUCUUAAUUUUAUUGGCAAACAGGGAGAGUAUUCAAGUUAUUAGAGCUCUCAGUCGGCAGCGCGCCGUCAGUAAUCACGAAGAGCUCAGAAAAGUAUCUCCGCACGGCAUAGAUAGAGAAAUAACUUGUUUUGUGAGAUGGUCGUUCCUGGUAAAAAAAAUAUAUAUCCAUAUCUAGACGAAUAGUGAGGUCCAGUAUCGAAGUUCUGGAUAAGUAACAACAAGAUGUUCUCUUAAUAAUAAAUUAUUAUACAUAGGUGAGAUGUAGUUGAGUAAUGAGAACGUGAAAUACGAACGUCCUUCGACCGUAGACGUACGAUGAUCAUGUCACGAUUACGUUGGGUCGUCGUGGCUUAUUCACCUGUUUCGCUCCAACGAUGAACGGGGUUUCCAAUCUUUCACGCUAAUCCUUCCUCCCUCUUACAGAAACGCACGUGUGAUGUAUAAUAUUAAGAUCCAAAGCUAUGUACAAAUUAGACCAUCACCUUUUUUUAAUUUGUAUUUUAUUUUAUUUUAAGUUCGAUGAUUUUUUUUUAUGACUAUUUAUUUUAUGAAUAAAUGUAUAUAUUAGUGAGAGUAUAUAUUUUCAGAGAUAAGUUGUCGGGACAGUGUUGUUAUGGCUUUUGCUACUGUUGUCGUGACCUCAAAGUCUUAUAGCGGUUCCUAAUGACAGCACACGAGUCACGGCGCCAUGUGUACAGUUACUGUGUUACCUGUAAAUUGCUAGAUUGUGUUAA